AUGCACUUAUUGCGGGGGUGCGCAUUUGAUAUACUUUUGCAAGGGAUUCCUAGCGCUUCCGGUAAAUCGGCGCAUAGCCGUGAUCACGUGGCGGCCGAGUGCUCGUCGAGCGGCUGCAGGACAUGCAAGUUGAAGCAUAACACUCUGCUACAUCUCUCAAACCAGGGAAGGGGAAUUGAGAAUUCGCGGGCCGCCGGCUCAGCGGCGGACGGUUCGACUCCGAUUACGGGCGACCCUGCCGUCGUGGUCGCGCACGGCGCGGUCGGGGGUGACGGCGCGGAGCCCUUACUGUCAACAGCAGUUGUUUACGUUUACGGCGCGGACGGUUCGCGGAUGUCAUGCCGUGCCUUGCUGGAUGCAGGAGCACAGGCGAAUUUUAUUUCAAAUAAAUUCGUGGCGAGGUUGAGAUUAAAAACAUUGCCUACGGAAUUGUCAAUAUCGGGCAUAUUCGGAUCGACGUCCGUCUUAAAUCGGAUGGCGCGAGUCAGACUCCGGUCGCGACUGAGUUCGUUCGAGGCCGAGCUGGACUGCGUUGUCACCGACCGAAUCGCGGAGAGAGUUCCGGCGAGCACACUGAGGCGUCAGGCCUUCAGGCUGCCGCCCGGCGAUCUAGCGGAUCCAAAAUUUAACAUAUCUUCCGACAUCGAUUUAUUGAUCGGGAUCGACUUAUUUUGGCGGCUGGCGUGCGUGGGCCAAAUUCAUGCGACAUCCGAGCACCCUCUUUUACAAAAAACACGUCUAGGCUGGAUUUUGGCCGGGCGUACGGGUGGGGGCACCUCACGAUCGAGCGCCAAAUUGCGUGCGUUACACGCGACGAUUAAUAACGCGCAGCUCCACGAACGAGUUGACCAAUUUUGGAGGAUCGAGGAAUUAGCGGAUUCUAACGGUUAUACCCGCGACGAGCAGGCUUGCGAAAGUCACUUCAUGACGAACGUGUCGACGAACGAUGAAGGCCGAUAUAUCGUGAAAUUGCCGCUAAAAGAGGACAUAUUUCAACGGCUCGGCGAAUCGCGCGAAACAGCGAUAAAGCGUUUUCUUGCGCUCGAGAAGCGGCUCAACCGCGACCCGGGUUUGAAGCGCUCCUACGCGAAUUUCUUACGCGAAUAUCAAUCGUUGGGGCACAUGAGAAUCGCACCUGCAAGGUCGAUCGGGGGUAAACCUGUAUAUCUGCCGCAUCACGGAGUAAUAAAGGGGACCGGUCCAUGCGCGAAGUUACGCGUGGUUUUCGAUGCCUUGUGCAAAACCAGCACGGGAGUUUCGCUCAAUGAGGCUUUGCGAAUAGGUCCGGUGAUUCAACAAGAAUUGAUAACAAUAUUAAUGCGUUUUCGAACAUUCGUAUAUGUCUUCGUGGCGGACAUAAUCAAAAUGUAUCGUCAGAUACUGCUGCACGAAUCGCAGACGCAUCUGCACAGGAUAGUGUGGCGAGAGGACUCGGGAGCGCCGAUCGGCGAAUACGAAUUGCUGACGGUCACGUACGGUACAAGUUCGGCGUCGUUUCUGGCCACCAGGUGCCUUCAGCACCUGGCACAAAAACAUGCGGACGAAUUCGCGAUCGGGUCGAGAUGCGUGCUCCAGGAUUUUUACGUCGACGACCUGCUCACCGGCGCUAACACCCUGUCGGAGGUGAGGCGCGUACGCGAGGAAACGGUUGCGCUACUGAAGCGCGGAAAGUUCGAGCUCGGCAGGUGGGCAUCAAACUGCCGAGAAUUAUUGAAGGACGUGGAGGGCGCGACGGAUGCGAGCGUGUCUCUGGGCGGGGACUCGAGCUCUAAGAUCCUGGGAAUUGCGUGGGAUCCCGUUAACGAUAAUUUUAAAUUCGAUUAUGAGAGCGGAUCGCCUGCCAAUUGCAUAACCAAGCGAACGAUUUUAUCAGAGAUCGCGAGCCUUUUCGAUCCGUUGGGGCUACUGGGGCCAUUAACGGUAGUAGCAAAAUUAAUUCUGCAAGACACAUGGCAGACGCAGGUCGGAUGGGAUGAGUCGCUGCCGCAGGACAUACAUACGCGUUGGCUGGGAAUAAAACAGCAAUUGACGAAUCUCGGUGAGUUACGCGUGCCGCGUUUCGUGGGCCGCGUGAUCGAUGCCGGGGGUGUGCAGCUGCACGGCUUUUGCGACGCGAGCGAGCGUGCCUAUGGUGCGUGCGUAGCUGAGCGCGGCGCUACUGUUGGCAAAUUGAUAGAAAAGGUUCGAGAGUCGGUCGGACUUCCCGCCGCGGGGGUGGUUCUGUGGUCGGACUCCACCAUUACAUUGCAAUGGAUUCAGUCUUCGUCGCGAAAAUGGAGCGCGUUCGUCGCGAAUCGAGUCGGGGAGAUACAGCGCUUGACCGAGGGCGCGGAUUGGCGACACGUGCCGUCCGCGGACAACCCGGCCGAUAUAUUAUCGCGUGGCGCGGACUUGGCGGCUCUGGCUGUGUCUGGUCUAUGGUGGGAAGGACCGGCGUACCUUCGACUUAACGAGGGACAUUGGCCGAUUAGAAACAUCGAGAUAUCGGGAGAACUGCCCGAGCAGAAAAGAGUGAUCGCUGCCGUGGCGAUCGGAGAUCAACCGAUAGUCUCGGGUUUAUUGGAGAGAUUUUUGAGCCUGGAGAAAAUACUGCGAAUAAUAUCAUAUUGUUUGAGAUUCGGUCAUGCGCGACGGGCUGAGGAGAUCGGGUCAUCGAUAUCUCAUCGGGAGAUGACCGCGGCCAUGCAAGUCGUGGUGCGUUGUGUGCAGCGCGGGUCGUUCCCGGGGGAAUAUCGCAGUUUGGGCGAGGGCCGGAGCAUCGACGGCGGGAGUCGCAUAUUAUCAUUGUCACCGUUUAUGGACGAGUGUGGCGUCAUUCGCGUUGGAGGUAGAAUAAGCAGGGCGGCGUUGCCGCCGGAUGCGGUGCACCCCAUGCUGCUGCCGAAAAGCCACGCUCUUACAACGCUAAUUAUUCGAGGAGAGCACGUUAGGAGCUUGCACGCGGGACUGCAGGCCACGAUAUGCGCAGUGCGUCAGCGCUAUUGGCCCUUGGCGGCACGUUCAGCGGUUCGCAGAGUGUUACGCGAAUGCGUAGCGUGCUUCAGGUGUGGGCCGGCAGCAUCUCAGGCGGUGAUGGCGGAUUUGCCUGGGCCACGGGUAAACGUAUCAAGGCCAUUCACGCAUACGGGCGUGGACUAUGCCGGCCCGAUAUUUAUAAAAGAAUCCAAGCGACGCAACGCCAGGAUGCUAAAGGCUUACAUCGCCGUUCUCGUGUGCUUCGCGACCAAGGCUGUACAUUUGGAGGUCGUAAGCGAUCUCACGGCGGACGCCUUCUUGGGGGCGUUUAAAAGAUUUAUGUCGCGAAGAGGCAGGCCGGCGUGCGUGUACUCCGACAAUGGCACGACAUUUGUCGGAGCCAAUAGGCAAAUUAGAGAAAUAUACGAGGUAAUCAGUAGCCCUGAAGGGCAGGAAAACGUGCGUCAGUUCGCGCGGCGGAACGAGUUCGUUUGGAAGUUUAUACCGCCCCAUGCCUCACAUUUCGGGGGGCUAUGGGAAGCAGCGGUGAAAUCCGCGAAAAUACAUCUAAAUCGCGUGGUCGGAAACGCGAACCUCACUUUUGAGGAAAUGCAGACGGUCCUGUGCGAGAUAGAGGCCGUACUAAAUUCGCGACCAUUAACAGCGCUAAGCGAGGAUCCAAACGAUCUCAACUGUAUAACUCCGGGUCACUUUUUAAUUGGUGCAGCGCUUAAUAGCUUCCCAGUUACAGAUUUAGCAGAGGAGAAUCCGGGACGACUGUUGCGCUGGCAGCGCGUGGAGCAAAUGCGCCAGCAUUUUUGGAAACGCUGGAGUACCGAAUAUCUGCACACUCUCAUCGAGCGGAGGAAAUGGAAGGCCAGCCAAGGACAGCAACUAAAAAUUGGUCAGCUGGUAUUAAUUCAGCAGCCAGGACUGGGGCCAUUGCAGUGGUUAUUAGGCCGAGUUGAACGAGUACAUCCGGGCGCUGAUGGGGUUGUCCGAACGGCCACGCUAAAGACGGCACGAGGACAGGUUACAAGGCCCCUGACAAAACUGGCGAUAUUGCCAAUAAAUGACACGGACAAGCCUACGAUCAAUUAA